AUGCACCAGCGGGACCUUGUUGCUGGUCUUCCCAGGGUGCUCCCUCCCCUUCCCGACUCACCUGCUCCUCCCUGUCUUCCCUGUGUCGAGGGACGGCAGCGCGCCGCUCCUCACUCCUCCUCCUUUCCCCCGACGACUGCCCCCUUGCAGACGCUCCACAUGGACGUGUGGGGCCCAGCCCGCGUCCGUGGUCAGGGUCAGGAGAGGUACUUCCUGAUAGUUGUUGACGACUUCUCGCGCUACACCACGGUCUUCCCCUUGCGCGCCAAGGGUGACGUCCCUGAUGUCUUGAUCCCUUGGAUCCGCAGAUCUCGUCUCCAGCUCCGUGAGCGUUUCCGCUCCGACUUCCCUGUCCUGCGUCUGCACUCUGACAGAGGUGGGGAGUUCUCCUCUGGCCUAUUGGAGGCCUUCUGUCAGCAGGAGGGCAUUGAGCAGUCGUACACGCUUCCGGACUCUCCACAGCAGAAUGGGGUUGCUGAGCGCCGCAUUGUCCGAUACGCUGCGCAUCAGCUCAACCUCUGGCCCCGUGUCUCCUUGCCCGAGACUUCUCCGACACUGCGUUGGACGGGAGAGGCUGGCGAUGCGUCGCGUUUUCGGGUCUGGGGAUCCCGAGCUUUUGUCCGCGACACGUCCGCGGACAAGCUCUCCCGUCGUGCUGUCCCCUGCGUCUUCCUUGGCUUUGUCCCGGACGCCCCUGGUUGGCAGUUCUACCACCCCACCUCGCGGCGUGUCCUGGCCUCUCAGGACGUCACUUUUGACGAGUCCGUCCCCUACUACCGCCUCUUCCCCUACCGCACUACCCCGCUCCCCCCCCCGCCUCUCUUCCUCGCUCCAGGUGCUGAGGUACCAGACCCCCUCCCCCCUCAGGGUGCCGCUCCCUCAGGUGUGUCCCAGGUAGACCCGGGUGAGCCUGUCGAGGUAGCUGUUGACUCUCGUCCUGCUCGGGGUGCUGAGCCUGGGGGUGCUGCGUCUGGGGGUGCUGAGCCUGGGGGUGCUGAGUCUGGGGGUGCUGAGCCUGGAGGUGCUGCGCCUGGGGGUGCUGCGUCUGGGGGUGCUGCGUCUGGGGGUGCUGAGCCUGAGCGUGCUACACCUGGAGGAGCCCUCUCCUCCCAGCAGCUGCAGGAGAGGUACCUCGAGUACUGCCGCCUCCGGAGAGGUGCUGCUGGAGCUCGUCCCGGUACUUCCCCUCCUCCCCAGGAGCUCCCCCCCAUUCAGCAGAUCCGCGAGUGGUACACACGGCGCUGCAGUCUUCGGAGUGGAGCUCCUGGUGCUGCGGACCCUGGGGGUGGCGCUGCUGCUGGUGCUGAGGACCCGGACGUUGGAGCUGCUGCUGGUGCUGCGGACCCGCCUGGUGGAGCUGCUGCUGGAGCUGAGGACCCGGGCGGUGGCGCUGCUGCUGGUACUGAGGACUCGGACGGUGGAGCUGCUGCUGGACCUGAGGACCCGAGCGGUGGCGCUGCUGCUGCUGCUGAGGACCCGGGCGUUGGAGCUACUGCUGGUGCUGAGGACCCGGCCGGUGGAGCUGCUGCUGGUGCUGUGGACCCGGCCGCUGGAGUCUCCUCUGCUUCUGGAGACGCUGCGCGGCCGCGACCGUACUUCGUACCGCUCCUUCAGCAGGUUCUUGGGCAGGCUCCUCCUCCUUGUCCUCCUCCCUCCGUAGAGUGUCCUCUGCCUGUCCAGUCGCAGUCACAGUUACCGCCUACCUCGCCUCUCCCUGCUCCCUCUCAAUACACUGGUCCUACAGGAGGUCUUACAGAGCGUCGUGAGCCUGAGUCUCGUCCUGCGUCGCCUGUUCGUCCUGCUCGCACUGGUAGUCGUGUCCGUCGUGAGCGUCCUCCUCCUGUCCCAGGCACUCACUACAUGACUCUGCGUCCCUCUACUGCUCCUCAGCGUGUCCCUCUACCGUCUCCUCCCGCGUCUUCUUUGCCUCACGUUCCGGACCCUGAGUCUGACCGGUACCGUGCUGAGCACCCUACUGUCACGCGUCUCCUCGCUACUGUUGUCACUGACCCUACCUUUGAGUCCUCGACUGCGUCUGCUCUGGUCGCUGAGUUGGUUGACUUUGCUGCUGCCUGUCGUCUAGACUACGCUGCUAGCCUUGUUGCUGAGUCUGAGUCUGAGUCUGUCUGUCCUCCGUCCGUCGGGGGUGAGUGUGCUCUUGGCACGGACGUCCUUGAGGACAGACAGAAGGAGUUCCAGUGUCUUGCUGCUGCUUUGCCCCGUCUCGUGUCCUUGCUAGUUGCCCCUGAGGGAGACCCGGAUGCACCAGACAUCCCGACCCCACGCACUUACGCUGAGGCGAUGGCGGGUCCCUACUCCUCUCAGUGGCAGACGGCCAUGGACGCCGAGAUGGCUUCCUGGAAGUCCACACGCACCUACGUCGACGAGGUUCCCCCUCCUGGGGCGAACAUCGUCAGUGGCAUGUGGAUUUUCAGGGUGAAGCGGCCGCCGGGUUCUCCGCCUGUCUUCAAGGCGCGUUACGUGGCUCGAGGCUUCAGUCAGCGAGAGGGAGUUGACUUCUUCCAGACCUUCUCCCCCACCCCGAAGAUGACCACUCUUCGGGUGCUACUGCACAUAGCCGCUCACCGCGACUACGAGCUUCACUCACUUGACUUCAGCACUGCUUUCUUGCAGGGCAGCCUGCACGAGGAGAUCUGGCUGCGCCGCCCACCUGGCUUCACUGGGUCGUUUCCUCCUGGUACCCAGUGGAGGCUUCAGCGGCCGGUCUACGGUCUCCGCCAGGCUCCGCGUGAGUGGCACGACACACUGAGGACUACACUUGCGGCUCUUGGGUUCGCGCCUUCUACAGCUGACCCGUCGCUGUUCCUGCGCACCGACACUUCGCUGCCGCCGUUCUACAUCCUCGUGUACGUCGACGACUUGGUCUUUGCCACUGCUGACACUGCAGGACUCGCCUACGUGAAGUCGGAGCUGCAGAGGAGACACACGUGCACAGACCUGGGUGAGCUGACAAGCUAUCUUGGCUUGCGGAUCACCCGGGACAGAGCACGGCGCACCAUCACCUUGACUCAGUCACACAUGGUGCAGCAGGUUCUCCAGCGCUUUGGCUUCACGUACUCCUCGCCUCAGUCCACUCCUCUGCCUACCGGUCACUCGCUCUCAGCUCUGCCUUCGGAUGAGUCCGUAGAGCCGAGUGGCCCGUAUCCAGAGCUUGUGGGCUGCCUCAUGUACCUGAUGACCUGCACUCGACCUGACCUUGCAUACCCUCUUAGCAUCCUUGCACGCUAUGUCGCUCCUGGCCGUCACAGGAAGGAGCACAUGGAUGCCGCUAAGAGGGUGUUGCGCUACUUGUGCAGUACGUCGGGCAUGGGGCUUGUGCUUGGAGGGCGAGACCGAGUUGUGCUCACAGGGCACUCAGACGCUUCUUGGGCAGACGACCAGGCCACUCAGCGGUCGUCUCAGGGUUACACCUUCAGCCUUGGCUCUGGCUCAGUUUCUUGGCGCUCUACACGCUCUUCUUCUGUUCUCGGCUCCAGUUGCGAGGCUGAGAUCUACGCUACAGCCAUGGCUGCCCAGGAGCUACGCUGGCUGACCUACCUGCUGACUGACCUCGGAGAGCCGCCUCGUUCUCCUCCAGUACUGUACGUCGACAACAAGGCUGCCAUUGCCUUGUGUGAGGAGCACAGACUGGAGCACAGAACGAAGCACAUCGCUCUGCGGUACUUCCUUGCUCGAGAGCUGCAGCAGCGCGGUCAGCUUUGUAUUCGCUACGUGGCCACUGAGGCCAACACUGCUGAUGUGUUCACCAAGGCGCUUCAGCCUCGUGACCAUCAGCGCUUCUGCACUCUACUAGGCCUUGUGCCUACUGGACCUCACUUGCUUACCUCUUGA